AUGCCACGUAAGCUACGUAAGAAUAUACGUAAGAGGAAGGGAGCAUUGAAACAUCCAAUAGUAAAACUGACACCACAACAACAGUUGCAACAACAAAUUAUGAAUGACCCCACUAUGUUGCAACAAAUGUCAAGCAACCCUAUGCUUUUAAACCGAGUUAUUGGUGCACAGAGUGGAGGUUUAAGAGCGGCACUUUUAGCGAAAAUGGCAGGCUAUGGUGGAGCUGCAGACGGAACAGCUUAUAACCCUCAAAGUCAAAUGAAUUUGAGUUCACUCAAAAAUCAAAUAACAGAUGUCAAAAAGUCAAACAUAGACAUACAGAAACAAAUAAGUGAAAACGAAAAGAAACUAGAAUAUGACAGACACACAAAGAAACUCAAUGAGUUAAACGUAGAGAAAAAGAAGA